AUGUUACAGAAGGUCACUGACAAGACUCCAAGGCAUGACAUGAUUAUGAUGAUGGGCGACUGGAACGCUAAGAUCGGGGCCAAACAGGAAGGGGAAGAUGGUGUGGUGGGGCGACAUGGGCUUGGAGAUGAGCGGUCAGAAAAUGGUGUUCGUUUUGUUUCCUUUUGUGCAGCUAACAACCUAGCUAUUGUGUCAACAAUGUUCCCACACAAGAACAUCCACAAAUACACUUGGACUGCUCCUAAUGGGAAGACUAGAAAUCAAAUCGAUCAUGUGACAAUGAAUGGCAAGUUCAAGAGAUCAGUGAGGGAUACGAGAUCUUAUAGAGGGGCAGACUGUGGAAGCGAUCACAACCUAGUUAUCACAACUGUACGACUUUGUUUGCUUAUACCGGAAGUAAGACAGCAGUUUCAAAUUAAGUUGAGGAACAGAUUUAGCUGUUUAGCUGAUGAAAGCACAGAAGUUAACGAACAAGAUGUAGAGACUCGAUGGACUAAUAUAAAGGAAAGUUACAAGAAAACAGCUCAGGAGGUCUUAGGAUACAGGAAAAAACAGAGUAAGCCCUGGAUAAGCGCUACAAGUUGGAAGAAAAUUGAUGAAAGAAGAUUAUGUAAAGCUAAAGUGGAUUCAACCAGGUCAGAGAGACUAAAAGCAGCAUACAGAGAAGAAUACCAAGCUAAAGACAAGGACGCAAAAAAGCAACUUAGGAGAGACAAGAGAAAUUGGAUUGACCAGAUUGCUAGUGAUGCAGAGAAAGCGGCCAAAACAGGCAAUAUGAAGGCGGUGUUUGAUGCUACAAGACAAUUUUGCAACAAACCAAACAGAAGAACAGACUCAGUAAGGAGUAAAGAAGGCAUCCUACUAACAAAAGAGGAAGAGGUAAAGAAAAGGUGGAAGGAACAUUUUGCUGAAGUCUUGAAUAGACCUCCCCCCACACGAUCGGAAGUGGAGAGUGUUGCUUGUGAAACAUUAGAAAUUGAAACAGGUCCCGCUACACAUACAGAAAUUAGGAAAGCUAUACAGCAAUUAAAGAACGGAAACGCUGGUGGUGUUGAUGGUGUGACAACAGAACUGAUGAAGCAGAUAUUGAAACUACAGUAG